CGCAAGACGAGCAACAAGCGUACAAGAACAACGUCUGCCGAUAGAUCCUUAUAAGAAGAAGAAGAAGAAGAAUCGGAUCGAAUAAUAGCAGCAAUAAUGUCGGAGAAUAAUUCGAAUAACAGUGAUAAGGCGGGAAAAUUGAAUUAUAUUCAAAAAGUUUGGCGUUUCCGUCGUUACCUAAUUAUUGAGCCAUAUUUUUUUUUCUAUGUUAUGGCCAGCGUUUUUAACGCAAUCGCUAUCGUUAGCUUUCCUUUGGAUAAAGCCUGUCGCGUUAAUUUGUUUCACGCGAAAGAUGUGUGCGCCGCGACUUUAGAUAAAUCCCAUUAUAAUGUGAGCUGCGGUAAUGCGUUCGACUUUAAAGAUAUCAACGAUUUUACGGCAACAAUAGAAGAACGAAAUUUUACCUCAUUAUCGAUUGGUUUUAAUUAUACGGUCUGUAAGGCGGAGAAAGGCGCGCAAAAACUUGCAGCUAAUAUUUCAGGCAAGAGAGCACCGAUCGCCGCUAUCUUUCCUUUAAUCAUUCUUCUGUUUGCCGGUGGUUGGGCCGAUCGCUACAAUAAACGUAAAGCAUGCAUGCUAAUGCCUCUAAUAGGAGAGUCUCUUAUGUUUCUCUGUCUCCUUGUAUCGGCGAUGUUUUUCGAUAAAAUACCUAUGGAAUUUGGUGCAUAUACUGAAGCUAUAGUGCCGGCUAUGUUCGGUGGUCAAACGUUAUCAUUGAUGGCAAUUGACAGCUACAUGUCAAUAUCGACACCGGCCGAAGAUCGCAUAUUUAGAUUUGGCAUUUUCGGAAUGUUUUCAACGGCCAUCAUAUUUAUAGGACAACCAAUUAGUGGUCUCUUGUUCCAGUACCUGGGUUAUGUUAUAUCGUUUGCUAUGGGUCUUGGCUUUAAUAUUGUGGCUUUGCUUUAUGUAAUAUUUGUAAUAAAAGACUUAAAGUCGGCAAAUAAAUCCCAGGAAGAGAAAGAAUCUGCUCCGGCUGCUGUUACCGGACAAGAGGGCAUUGAUAAUACGGCUUAUGAGAUCACAAAUGCGGACAACGUGGAUAAAGCAAAGGCCAUUCAAAAUGAAGUUAAACCAAAUGAAAAGCAUUUGAAAGGCAUUUAUUGGCUGAAAAACUUCUUUGAUCCCACUCUAGUGUUGGAUUAUAUACGGUUCCCUUGCAUUAAGCGACCAAAUAACGGCCGCAUGGUUCUCCUUUUACUAAUACUGGCUUAUAUUUGCAUUAUUGGUCCAGUUUAUGGGGAGCUUGAUUUCUGGAAUCGUUUCGCUUUUUUGCAGCUUAAUUGGAACGGAAAUGAUUAUAGUAUUUAUUCAACGUUUAACUCAGCAUUGGCUUUGGUAGGCACCUUCAUCGGUACGACCAUCUUUAGUAAAGUCUUUAAAUUUUCUGAUGCUCUAUUGGGUAUAAUAUCAGCUCUUACUACAGCUAUAUCCCGACUUUUGUUCGCUUUCUCCAGGAAUACGAUCACUUUUUACGCGGGAGGUGUAGCCGAUAUGUUUGUGUCGCUUAGAGCUAUAGCUAUUAAAACAAUUGGCUCCGCCAUUGUCCACGAGGGAGAGUUAAGUAAAAUGUUUUCCCUUUUGGCUAUUUGCCAACCAAUUGUCCAAAUAAUAUUUACACCGAUCUACAGUCAUAUAUACGAAAGCACGGUGAAUACUUUUCCCGGCACAAUAUUCUUAGUUAGCGAGAUAUUUGCGAUAACCAACAUCGUAGUGUUCAUAUUUUGUUACAUCGUUGUAAAGUUGAGAAAACAAAACGAUCAGAGCGCAUCAUCAGCAGCUAUCGCGAAUAAUGAUGAUUGCGAGAUAACUAGUUUGUGAAAUGUACUCAAUAAUUGUUUUGUCCUUUAUAUUCUUUCAUUGGGUGUAAACCAAUUCCAGUCAGUAAAAUAAGAUUUAACAUACACAACGAAAAAAAAAGAGGAAGCAAAAGUGUAGCAAUGAAUGUGAAAUUUUGAAUUAAAUUGUAAUUAUAUAUGAAAGCGCAAGGCUUCUGCUUUUAGUUUUUAAUUUUAAUAUUUAAUCAAAGGAGUCUAAGAGGAAACGCAAGGAACCGUAUGUCGCCUGCCAGUGUGUGUAAUUAUUGUUUUCUCUAAUUAACAAUUUCAUAUAAAACGAGUUAAUUUUCAAACAAAAUACAUACAAGCAACGCAUACAAUUAAGCGAGACUAUAUAACUCAUAUAUAUAUAUAUAUGUAUAUAUGUAAUAUAUAUGUGUUAUGUGUUUUAUGUUUAAAGAUGUGUUUAGAGUAAAGACUUGCGUUGCCUUGUACGUGGUUGCAUGCUACUUAUGAAUGUAUGCAUGCGUAUUAAUUUAUGCUAUAGUAGAAUAUUUUGCACUCUAUAUAUAGAGGCCAGA